CGGGGGGGCUAUUAGCGGUUGCACAGAGUACAUAUACGCGAGCAACCUUGUCGUACGAUACUCAACUCGAUACGACAUUUCCGAGUAGAGCGCGGACAUCAGUGUUCGUGUAUCGUCGCGCAUAACCUGUCAUUAUCAGGAAUAUUGCUUUCGCGACGACGACUACAACUACGACGACGACGCUGAACUCGUUCCGAGGCUCCUCUUAAAGUCCAUUUUUUUGUCGCGAUUUAUUCAUGUAAAACACCAUCUCCCGCGCUUCCCAACUGUUUUAAUUCUUGACGUUCGAUACGAACAACGUCCUACUGUUUUCUUUUUUUUUUCUUUUUUUACACGGUUGAUAUAUACUCGUUUCGAUGGAAAAGACGGCUUUGCAUUGGGCUGCGAAACAUGGCGACGAGAACAUCGUCAAAAUGAUUGCUGGCACCUACAGGGAAUACGUCAAGGACGUUAACGUUACAACUAAUGGGGGUUAUACGCCAUUGCACAUUGCUAUGCAAUUCGAUCAUGAAAACGUUUUCAACUUGCUAGUACAAGUAUACGGUGCGAAUCAAGAGAUACGUGAUUACAGUGGUAAGAAAGCAAGACAGUAUUUAGUUUCUCAAGAGGCCGCAGUUAGCCAGGACACCUUCCGCAAAAUAAAAGCAAGGAAAAAGCAUGCAGAGAAAGAUCUUGGUUUCCUACGAAUUGGCUCGUUGAACGUACGCGUGAAACGUACGACGGAAGCAUUCAGCCAAUUUCUGGGUGUGGCAACUAGUAGCAGCAACAGUAACAACAAUAGCGAGAAGAUUCAUAAGUCAUGGGGUUCAGCGGAUAACGUACAGAAAUUAGAUCAAAAGGUAAUGCCACCGCCAAAAUAUGCGCCAGUUAAAAAACGGAGAAGUAGAAGAAACCAGGAUUUUUCAAGGGGUCAACAGCAAACUACAAGUCAACCCAAUACCCCAUUACUUCAAGGUAAAGCAACGAUCCGACAAAACCAGAUCACCAAUCGUCGGCCAACUUCGACGUCUUCCGUCAAUUCUGCCAUUCCUACGAAUCAACAAAAUAAUGACUCCGAUUCCGACACGGCAUGCGGUUUUGAUUCCGCAUGGCGUGGAUCCGCACAACUUUAAAAAAUUUGAUAUAUAGUAAAUGCAAUUUUGAAUAAAAUUCAUUUACUGUACUCCUAU